UCCCGGGGCUGCGGCAGCUGUCCCCGAGCGGGUCCUGGUUGUGCAGUGCCUGGCGCGGGGCGGGUUGGGGGGGCUGUGUCAGAGCCCCCCCAUGAGCACAGCCGCUGUCAGGGUGUAACUCUCCCCUGUGAAUGCAGCCGCUCCGUGCUGCCCCACUCCGGGAGCCGCCGACUCUUUGCUCCCCCUUUGCGCUCCCCCGUUUCCCAACCCCACGGCCGCAAUGGGCAAACUGCCGCAGGAAGCCCCAAGCCGCCCUCCGUUGGGAAAUCUGCCCGCUGCCGGGCACGGACUCGGCACUUGGCCCCAAAUGAGCCGGGCUCUGCACUGAGGGUCGGCAUAUCCCCCCAGCCCCGUGCCCCCCACCCCUACACCCCUUUGUGCGUUGAUGCAGAACACGGAGGAAACCGCCCCUCUGCCCACAGCAUCGUCCCAGAGCCAGCGGGGCUCUGCAGGGGCUGAAAGAGGCGUCGGAUGGGAGCACAGCACAGUCCCCGUGUCACCCACAGCAGUCCCGGGGACACUGUCGGGUCUGAGAGACUCUUGGGGCCCCGCUGCUGCCACCUCCCUGCGGAGAGGGUUUCAUCCCAGUUAGCUCAAGGCACAAGAGGAGUCAGGGCUGAGAAGCUGCUCUGCUCCUCAUCUCCCGCUCCGGGGGAAGCUGCACGGAGCUCCCCGAGCCCUGAAUUGCUCAAAGCAGCAACACCCGGAGGAGGAUGCAGGAGGGAAAUACCCGCCCCCAUCCCAAGGCUCAGCCCCUGGAGGGAUUUAAGCCCCCCCACCCCGAGCAGCCCCAGCGGUGGUGGCAGUGGCCCGCUCUGUGCCACCAUGGUCACAGCGGGGCUCUUCAUCCUCAGCCUGGGAGGCUCCGUCCUGCUCCCUGCUCUGGCCCCGGCAGGCACCCAGGGGAGCCAGAUCAUCGGGGGAAAGGCGGCAGCACCCCAUUCCCGGCCCUUCAUCGCCUCCAUCCAGAUGGACGGGGAGCACGUCUGCGGGGGCUUCCUGGUGUGGCCCAAGUGGGUGAUGACAGCUGCCCACUGCUUCAUUCCCAGGCGCAGCCCCUCGGUGCGUGUGGUGCUGGGAGCCCAGCGGCUGCAGGAGCCCGAGGGGUCCCAGCAGAUCUUCAGCGUGGUCGAGUCCAUCGCCCACCCGCUCUACAACGCCCGUGCCACGGACAACGACAUCCGCCUGCUCCAGCUGAACAGGUCGGCCACGCUGAACAAGUACGUGAGGCGGAUCCGCCUGCCCUCCCCACACACCGACCUGAAGCCCGGCACUGUCUGCUCCGUGAUGGGCUGGGGGGACACCUCCAACUUUGGAGACCAGCCCAGCGAGCUGAUGGAGACCAACACCACCAUCGUCAAGAGGAGCCUCUGCCGGACGCUGUGGAGGGGCAAGGUCUCGGCCAACAUGCUGUGCGGGGCCAGCCGCAGCACCACGCUGCAGGGAGUCUGUGCCGGUGACUCCGGGGGACCCUUGGUCUUCAAGGACAAGGUUCAUGGCAUUGUCUCCUUCUCUGGGGAGAGAUGUGGGGACCGCCGGUUCCCUGACAUCUACACCAAGAUCUCCAACUACAUUGGCUGGGUGCAUGACGUUGUGCGAGGGUUCCGUGGUCAGAAGGGGUGCCUGAAGCCCAAGGGUGGCCGGGAGUCCUGGGGGCAGGCGGGCUGUGGGAAGAGGGGCUGAGGUGUCGCAUGGGAGGGGAGAAGCGGGCCAGAACUUCCUCAUCCUCCAGCUCUGGAGGGGCUUGGAGCUGAUGCUUAACUCAGGGCAGGGCAGGAGCUCCUCUCUGCCCAUUAUGUACCCCCUAGGCUACACCAGAAGUCCCUCUCGCAGUGGCAACAUUGACCUUCCUCAAUAAAUGCUCAGUCCCCA